CCUACCUUACUAUCCUACUAUACGACAGACCCCGUGUUUAAACACAUACUCUCUUGGAAUCUAGAAGCUAGAAGAUGUCCUCCUCCACUUCACCUUUUCUCGACCCGAACCGCCUGCUAUCAGUACAGAGCCACGUCGUGUCCGGCUACGUCGGCAACCGAGCAGCGACCUUUCCGCUACAACUGUUAGGAUACGAUGUGGACGUAGUAAAUACCGUCCAGUUCAGUAAUCACACCGGUUAUGGACAUACGAACGGACACAAGACGACCCCGGAACAACUGGAUGCCGUCUUCAAGGGUUUGGAGACGAACGGUCUGUGUAGAUGGUCCAGGUGUCUGACCGGUUAUAUUCCCGGCGCACCUGCCUUGCAAGCCGUCGGAAGGGAGAUUGAAAAGCUCAAACGGAGAGCCGAGGCGCAGGGGGAAGACCUCCUGUACCUGCUAGAUCCGGUCAUGGGGGAUAUAGGAAAAGGUCUCUACGUCGCCGCAGACGUCGUCCCGAUCUACCGCCAGUUGUUGAGCUUGGCGAGUAUCAUCACUCCGAACCAAUUCGAGACCGAACUAUUAUCGGAGACCAAGAUAACCUCCCCCCGUACCCUCCUCCAAGCGCUCCAAACGCUCCAUUCCCCGCCCUACAACGUCGAGCACGUGGUCAUCUCCUCCAUCCCUCUUCCCGUUAGCUUGGUCCAGAAGCUGGGGUUAGAUUUAACUUCAUCUUCAUCGGCAGCGCCGGGGAGGUAUACUUCGUUGCUCUCCCAAGCUCGCAGCUCUAGUUAUAGCCAGGCAGAAGAAGGGAAGGAGGCGAAAGAGACCGAGGAUGAGGAUGAGGUCUUGGUCUGUUUCGCCUCGACUCGCCCUAAACAGGGACAAUCUCCAGAAGAAGGAGACAUCAACACGGGCGCGAUGCCAGAGACGUACGGGUACGCCUUGCCGACUAUCCGAGGGUAUUAUUCCGGAGUAGGGGAUCUUUUCUCGGCGCUCGUCUUGGGGCAUUAUAAGGACCGGCGAUCGCGUUCGCAAUUGCAAGACGCUGCAAAAGAGGAAAAAGAGGAAAAAGAGGAGAAAGAGGAAACAGAGGAGAAAGAGGGGGGGAGUGGAAGGACACUGGAAAGAGCCGUCUCGCUAGCGCUCUUGGGGGUACAGAUCGUCUUGCUCAAGACGCACUCGUCGACGCUGCCUCUCAACAAUGACAGUAAUAAGAACGUGGAGGAUUUGGAUUGUAUUCCUUCGGACGACGAGCUCGACAAGGAGGACAAGAAAGAGGACAGCAAAGAGGACGCUGACGACGUGGAACCCCUGAAAAGACCGGCGAGACGGGCGAGGAGGAUGCGGGUACGCGAAUUGAGGGUCGUACAAGAACGACGGGCGUUGAUGGAUCUGGCUGACGAUGAGAACGAGGAUGGGGAUGGGGGAUGGAAGGGAAAGAGGUUGGAUUGGGAUGCGUUAAUACGAGAAGAAGAAGAAGUGUGGAGAUGAAGUUGAUUCAGGAGCGAUGGCGGGGCGGCACAGCCUGUUCUCGAGCACAGUCGACGACAACGACGCUCGAGAUCUAACAGUAAAAGCAAUGAAUGGUUGAUUACAUAUAGAUGCGGGUGUGUUAGAGCGGAAUAUAUAUACCCAGGAUCGUUGUAGAUGGUCGUCGUCAUGUUGUUGGCAAAGUCGCCACUCGCCAUCGUCCCACCCUUGUUGGAGGA